GUGCUCUCCAGAAUUCUUCAAUUUUACACUCUUACCUCAGAGAUCGAAUUUAAAUAUUAACUGCCACAAUGUCCCGCCCUUCAGAUGACGCGAAAGUCGAAGGGUUCUUCGUACCAUCUUCUCCCAACGAACUAGCAGAGAUCCUCAAGAAGGGAAAGAUGGAGAACGUGUCUCUCUACCAUCUUCACGGCCAAGUGAUAGGCUCGGGAUCCAAGGUCUCAGAGACACAAUUUGUUGCUUUUAGAGCAGUCUGGCCGAUAAUAAAGACCGCUGACCAGUUUGUUGAUGAUACCUACCUAUACGGCAUCGACAAGUUCUGGGAGCACGCGAAAUCAAUUGUGAACAACCUGGACAGUUUCAAAAGAUUUACUGAUAUGCUUGACCAUCAGAUAUAUCUGAAAGACCUUGCCAUCACCGAUCAGAGAUACCCGUCGAUAUUUGCUACGCUCAAAGACUUCCAUGAAAUUAUCGGAUACGAUACUUAUCAGCUCCGCAGGUCGAACCGGGUGAAGAGAGCUCCUCCAGCUACACAGUCAGGCCAAUCAUCCGGAACAGGAGCCUUCAAGAAGGCCAGAAAUGUGGCUCUCGCAAGCACACGGGAUAUUCUGCAUACCAGAACUAGUGAAGUCAGGGCAGAGAGACCAGCCAUAGAAUAGCAGGCAUCACCAGCGGAUUCAAAUAAACAGCUCAAAGCGCCUGAUGAGGCAACUGUCAACGCGGCCAUAAUAGCAUUCCUAAGGCUAUUUUCUGGCUUAGUGAGGACCUCAAAGUUCGAGUUCCUCUUUGAACGCGUGUCUUUGACGCCAAUCUUCGGCAAGUGCUCGUUCACUGCUUACACAGACGGAGCUUUUCGAAGCUCCUAGAAAGUCCUCGCAAUAAUAGAAGUUAAAAAGGCACCAAGGAUGAAAGACCUGCAAUCUAUUCAGAUGCAAGAGACGGCCGAAAUGGUCGGCUGGUUGAGGCAAUUUGAGAUAGACCAAAAGUUCAUGAACAACCAUCCUGUAAUUAUAUCCCAGGAUCACAAU